UUUCUUAAUAUUGCUCCCUAGCGUGUGAAGACAAGUGCGUGCUUCAAAGGCUAAUGAGACUUUAGGUAACAAGGUUUUAAAAAGCACCAUGCUCCUCCUCUGGGUUAAGCUGCAGGGACAGCUGCUCUUUGGCCUUCAACUGACCUCAGAAACUAGAAACACUUAUUUCAGGCUUCGUCCCAUUGGCCACUGUGGGCAGGAGUGGAAAACACCUGCCAGGUGCUGCCAUAAGAUCAACUCGGCCAACAGGAAACUUUUCUACAAGCUUUGUGGCUUAACAGUAGCCCCCUCCCAACCCUGCCUUUCCUCGGCGUCCAAAGCACAGCACGUGUUGAGCGCCCCCUGCGUGCAAGGCUCGGCAACCGGCAAGUAAGGGUAGCGCCACGCUUGCAGGGCUUUCACGCAUUCUCGUGUCUCCCCAACCACCCUCCUGCUAGUACCUCUUGUUCCUAUUUUACAAAUGAGGUUGACCGACAAAAAGAACAUUGAGCUGUGGGAUAGGACACGUUCCUGGGGGUAAGUGACCCUGUGACCUUGAGCAAGUCGCUAGCCCUGCGGGAGGUGAUCCUAAGCUUUCUCCCCCUUGGAACACCGUCCCAGCUCACGGUCGAGCGCUCAGCCGCCGCUGGAAGUGGGUUUCGAAACUUCAAGGAGUGGUUCACUCCCGGAGCGGGAGGGUGCGGGGGGAGCGGUCCCGAGCUAGCGCCCCGCCUCCGCCGCUGAGACCCUGGGGACCGGCGCCCUGCUCCGGGUUCGACUGCACUACGGCGCUCGGGAAGGGUCGCUUUGUGCCUCGCGAAGACUUCCCCUUCCGCCAAUCACCUUUUGCGGCCCGCCCUUCUCGUCGCCGGAAGCAGCCGUUGCCCCGAGCAACUGCAACGUCCGGUUUUCCGAGCUGGCGGCGGGAAAGGCCAUGAGUAAAGGCCGGGCGGAGGCCGCGGCGGGAGCCCCCGGGAUCCUCCUGAGGUACCUGCAGGACCAGAACCGGCCCUACAGCGCCCAGGACGUGUUCGGGAACCUGCAGCGGGAGCACGGACUGGGCAAGGCGGCGGUGGUGAAGGCGCUGGAGCAGCUGGCCCAACAAGGCAAAAUCAAAGAGAAGACGUACGGCAAGCAGAAGAUCUAUUUCGCGGACCAGGACCAGUUUGCCAUGGUGAGUGAUGCUGACCUCCAAGGCCUGGAUGCCCAGAUCGUGGCCCUUGCUGCUAAGGUGCAGAGCUUACAGCAGAGCUGCCGCCACAUGGAGGCGGAACUGAAGGACUUAACCAGUGCCCUGACCACACCGGAGAUGCAGAAAGAGAUCCAGGACUUGAAGAAGGAAUGUGAUGGCUACAGAGAGAGACUGAAGAAUAUAAAAGCAGCCACCAACCACGUGACUCCAGAAGAGAAAGAGCAGGUGCACAGAGACCGGCAGAAGUACUGCAGGGAGUGGAGGAAGCGGAAGAGGAUGGCGACAGAGCUGUCUGAUGCAAUUCUGGAAGGAUACCCCAAAAGCAAGAAGCAGUUCUUUGAGGAAGUUGGGAUAGAGACCGAUGAAGAUUACAACGUGAAGCUCCCAGACCCUUGAGGGCUCCUCCAGCAGGACGGGGGAUGGAGAGAGAGAUGGCACCUGCACUGGCUGCCUCCUUCACGUUGACUUCUUUUGUUCCUGCUGCUUUCUGCCUUUGGGCAGAGCCGCUGGGAGGGGGCAGGAGCCAGAGUGCAGGCGCAGGGAGUGAGCGAGCCCACAGCGGAUGGUCACGCUUUCACGGGCCACAUGGCAGGUGCCCAAACUGCAUGCUCCACCUUGGAACAACGCCAGAGGAAAGCACUUGGCAGUGUUUAUUGUAAUAUAAUUUGGUAUAAAAAUACUUAAUUUGCUCUGGAUAACCAAUCCUCCCAGAUGUCAACCCUGAGAAAGGCUACAGGGUAGAGAGAGGCGACUGUACACAGCAUUCAAGGAGCCCGAGGCCUCACCCAGGACUUCGGGCUCUGCACCCCAGGAGGCCUUUAAAUACCUUCUCUACCCCUUCACCCCAGUCCCAAGGCCUGGGAGAAAUGCAGGCAGCACGGAGAUGGCAGAGACCCAGAUACACCUGACGGGAAGGCUGGGAAUGGUUGUGAGGCCCAGUUCAUUUUCCAGAAUUGUAACUUCAGCAAAAUUGCACUGUUGGUGUUUAGAAAAUUUAAAAAAACCUUUUAAUAC